GCUCUUUUUAAGAGGAAAGCCAGGCCCGGAGCAGCAGCGAGUCCCAGCAGUGCUCUCGGUGCUGAGCGGCGGACCCAGCUGUCGAGUUCCAGCCAACAUGAGCGAGCGACAAGGUGCUGGGACAACCAAUGGAAAAGACAAGACAUCUGGAGAAAAUGAUGGGCAGAAGAAAGUUCAAGAAGAGUUUGACAUCGACAUGGAUGCACCAGAGACAGAACGCGCAGCGGUGGCCAUUCAGUCUCAGUUCAGAAAAUUCCAGAAGAAAAAGGCAGGGUCUCAGUCCUAGUGGGAGAGCCCCUCCUAGCCCUCCUGAAGACAGCAAAGUCAACCAUCGUCUGUCAGGAAAUUAAAAGAACAGCCUAGAGAGAACUCAUCCACACACACAACACACGCACAGCAAACCUAUAAUGCAUGUACAGAAACCUGUGUAUUUAUUCCCUUGUAGGAGGGUGUAGAUGUGAGUAGCUAAACCUCCAUGUUUAUUUCCAUCACCAUUCCUCCUGCAACUCACUACUUUCCUUGACGUUGUAAUAAAACGGAGUUAAGAUGAG